GAAAGUUAAUUGAGAGCAUUCAACUGCUACUUUUUCCCUUUUUCUUCUUUUUUAUUUUAUAUAAUUAUAUUCCUUUGAAUGGAAUGGAAUGGAAUAAACAAAAGUAGCUUGAAUGUCACGCUUGGAAAGUUGCAGUUUUAGCUCUGUUCUAAUUGUGCUUUUUAUUGACAUAAUUACCUUGUGAAUUUUCCUCACUAAAACCAAGGCAUUUGUCUCUCUCUAGAUAUAUAUAGGUGAAGUAGCAGUACUAGUAGUGCCUAAUCUCACAUGGUUCGUCUUGCUUGACUGUAUGCUCUUUUUCAGUGGGGAACAAACAUGGCGGAGGUAAGAGGAUCCAACACGUGGCGAGACGAGUUCGCCAGUUUCAUCGAGGACACCGGAGUACGGUACGCCGCUGAUCCUAUCCUUCUCUCAACGCCGUCGUUUGAUACAGAAACGAUACCGACCGAGUUCGUCUCCUCCUCCGACGAGCCGCGAAACGACAAAUCGGAGGAGGCUCCGGCCGAGAGCCUGAAGGAACAGGUGAAAGGCUUCGCCAUUGCUUGGGGCGAGAUUCUCUUGGAUUUGGGGAGAGGAUGCAGGGACAUUGUUCAGCAGAGCUUCCUGACUGAAGAUUCGUACAUUGUGCGAAAGCUUGAGAAGCCGAUCGCUAAAGCUUCGGACAGGUUGAGUUACUUCAAUGAGUUUUUGCCUGAGGAUCGCGAUCCGGCUCACGCUUGGCCCGUCAUCUUCUUUGUCUUCAUCCUCGCACUAGCAGCUAUGAAUCUAAAUAAUCAUCAUGGAAGCUUGGCCCCGCCAAUGAAGAAAGUGAGAAUACAUCCUCCAAAUGCUUCCCGUAUACAACUUCCAGAUGGGAGACACAUGGCUUAUCACGAACAAGGUGUCCCAGCUGACAUAGCUAGAUUUACUAUAAUUACUCCACAUUCUUUCCUUUCAUCUCGGCUUGCAGGUAUACCUGGAAUUAAGAUGCCUUUACUUGAAGAGUUUGGUAUUCGCUUGGUCAUGUUUGACCUUCCUGGUUUUGGGGAGAGUGACCCUCAUCCCAACAGAAAUCUCAACUCAUCAGCAUUGGAUAUGCUGCACCUAGCCAAUGCUGUCGGUGUUGAAGAUAAGUUUUGGGUGCUAGCCCACUCAAGCGGAGGCAUGCAUGCUUGGGCUGCACUUAAAUACAUUCCCGACAAAGUUGCAGGUGCAGCGUUGUUGGCCCCAAUUAUGAAUCCAUAUGAGCCUGGCAUGACCAGAGAAGAGAUGAAAAGGACAUGGGAGAAUUGGAUGCCAAGAAGAAAAUUUAUGUAUUUCUUAGCUCGCAGAUUUCCUAGAUUUCUCUCCUCUUUCUAUCAUCGGACCUUUUUAUCUGGAAAACUAGAGCGGAUUGAUAAGUGGUUAUCUGUCUCGCUGGGAAAGAAGGACGAAGUUCUAAUUGAAGAGCCAGUAUUUGAAGAACUGUGGGAUAGAAAUAUGGAGGAAUCAAUCCGCCAGGGAAACGUAAAACCAUUCAUAGAAGAAGCAGUUUUGCAAGUAUCAGAUUGGGGUUUUAAGUUGUCAGAACUUCGGGUGCAGAGAAGGUGUCAAGGUAGAGGAAUUCUUCCUUGGCUCAAAUCCAUGUACAGUCAGGCAGAAUGCGAACUGACGGGAUUUCUAGGCCAAAUACACAUAUGGCAGGGCAUGGAUGACCACGUGGCUCCAUCAUCAAUGGCCGACUAUAUAGCCCGGGUUUUACCAGAAGCCAUAGUGCACAAGCUCCCUAAUGAAGGCCACUUCUCCUACUACUUUUUCUGUGAUGAAUGCCAUCGGAAGAUACUUUCCACACUCUUUGGACCUCCCCAAGGUCCAAUCUUCAAUAAUAAGGAAUUGGAGCAAACUCCAUUGGAAGAAAAUGAACAAGAGAAGCCAUGAAUUGCUUGCCUCUCAGUCUCACACACUGUAACAGUAAUAAUAAUAAUACGUGAAGUGGAUAUCAUAGGUUUUUAAUUUCCCACAUUCACAUGUAAAUACCACACAGGUAGCUCCGAGCCUUAGUGGAGCCUGAAAGAUAAGUUUUAGCUUAAUAUUUAUGUUUCAAAAGUUUUGAUUAGUAAUCCCUCGACAUGAAUAGAGACGAGAAAAUUUGUUGUACGAGAAUAAUUGAGUUCUAGUGCUGACACUUGCAUUUUAUGCUUA